UCUUAAGAGACGGAUGCAUCUGUGGCUAGGUCUUCAUUAUGGUCUUAAAUGUGGGGCAUGUGGUGACGCGUUCAAAUCAACUAACGUACUAAUGAAGUGUGUGAAAGCAAACGUGGGUCACAUCUGCCUUUUAGGGCCAGCCCAGGGCCACUUGGGAGGGGAUGAGGUUGCAGAGAAUUCCAGGGAAAGAGGUCUUAGAGGCUGCAUCAGAAAUAGUAACCUUUCCCUGGGCUACACAAAUGCGUCCCUUGUUCUGGUACUUCCCGUGCCAACCACAGAGUGGCGCUGUUAAGCAGGGUUACACCAAAUUGGGAGUGACAGCAAGGGCUUGAGACGACUCCUGUGGAGCAAAGCAGGGGAGAGCCUUUAGCAAACCACCUCUAGGCACCCUUGGGGGUGCUAAAGGAAGAAAACAUCCUAGGGUGGAGACUCUGGAAGGGAUGCGCCCCUAUGCACAGCAGGUACUGGUGGGGUGCACUGGUUGGGUCUUUAGUGGUCCUCUGAGGUAAGCAAAAGCAGUCCCACCCCCCCCAGUUAUUUGUGCAACUAGGAUUGAAUUCAGGACCGUGGAACUAUAUCCUGCCUGCCACCCUUUCUCAAUUUUAAGGCAUGGUCUUGCUUGCUAAAUUCAAGUGAACCUUAAACACAUGAUGCUCCUGCCUCAGCCUGAAGAGCUGAGAUUACAGGUGUUCACAACCAUGUCCUGAAGUAGAACCCACUUUAUAGAUGUGAAAACCUGGGCCCUGAGACUAUCUGGAAGUUAUAGGACAGCAAGCCAAUGCCAGGAUGCUCAGACCUAGACACGGUCAUGUGUCGAAAUGGGCACAACAGCAGCACCCAGUUGUCCACUAUGGAGCCAGUUCUUAACCCAAGGUGUCAUUUAACAGCCUUAUGGUGGCCUUGGGAAGGCAUUCUGGGAAGAGGAUAGGGAUUGGGCACGGGCCUUCCUUGUAGGGCCAGAAUCAUGUGGGCUGGACUUGCUACCCUCACUGAACACUAAGGGAAGGGGGUAUCAUGGGCAGUAGCUGACUGGGUCCUGACCUUUCCCACAAAACUCCAGCUUUUGAGGUUACUGCCUUGAGAGGCUCUGAAGCCACAGUCUUAGCAAGGUAUGGGGAGCAGCGCCAGAAGCACCAUGGGAGCCGAGGAUUAGAAAUGCAUGCGCUUUUAAUCCCAGCACUCGGGAGGCAGACAGAUCUCUGAGUUUGAGGCCAGCCUGGGCUACAGAGUGAGUUCCAGGACAACAGAGCUACACAGAGAAACCUUGUCUGGAAAAAAAACAAAACAAGAAGAGCUUCUGAAAGAAUCUAGUAACCAUUGAGCACAAUGGAAGAUACCUUUGAGACCAGCCUGUACCACAGCUUCCUCCCAGUCGCUCGCAGGGGCUGGGAACACGUAAAGCAGGCGGCUGUGUCCAGGUUUGUCACCAGGGGCGCCAGAGCAGACGUUCUCAGUCUGCGAAGGUUAUCUGUAGCCUGCUUGACGUUUGCCGCUGGGGUUUUUGGCCAAUUGAGGAUGAGAAUGCGGAAUGAAUAGGGAAUUGGCUCCACCCUCAGCCAAAGGAGUCCCGCCUCCCUUGCCUGACCCCUGCGCAAGGCAUGCUGGUAGUCAUGGGCUGUGCGCAGGCCCACCAAGCUCAGGUUUAUUCCCGUAUUUUCUCCCAACUUCGGUACUUCCGGUAUAUCGGGGCCCCAGUGUGCGCUUCGGGAUCUUGGCCUGAUUGUCCCUGAGCCUCUGUAGAUGGAGUAGACCCUGGCCUCUCCCGCUGAGCCGUCUGAUUCCACCCCGAGCUGGACAUGCACGGGAAGCUGCUGCUGCUGGCCGGCCUCUAUCUUGUGCAGGGUCUGCCCUAUGGACUGCAGUCCAGCUUGCUGCCCAUUUUACUGCGGGCCCAUGGCCUCUCCCUGACACGUGUGGGCCUGACCAAGGGAUUGUAUGCACCAUGGCUGUUCAAACUGGCAUGGGCGCCACUGGUGGACAGACGGGGCUCCCCUCGGGUCUGGUUAACACUCAGCACAGUGUCCCUGGGUCUGGUGUGUGGGCUGCUGGCCGUGUUCCCUCCCCCGCAAGCUGGCCAGACAGGGCUCCCCACCAUCAUGAUGGGGCUGCUACUGCUGCUGAAUCUGGGUGCAGCAGUGCAGGACGUAGCUCUGGACACGGUCGCUGUACAGCUCCUGGAACCAAAGGAGCUGGGGCCUGGCAACACGGUGCAGGUGGUGGCAUACAAGCUGGGGUCAGCACUGGCUGGGGGUGGGCUGUUGGUCCUCUUCCCCACCCUCUCUUGGCCACUGCUUUUUCUGCUCCUAGCUGCCACCUACUGGCUGGCUGCUGCCUUAGCCUGGGCUGCACCAGCCUUGGGACAGCUGCCUCGGCCUCAGGUCUCAGAACAAACCCCCCACUCGUCCUAUUUUCUACAAGAUUUGCUGGCUGUGCCUGGGACCCUCUGGACAGCAGGCUUUGUUCUCACCUACAAGCUGGGUGAGCAGGGUGCUGGCAGCCUGUUUCCACUUCUCCUGUUGGACCAUGGUGUUUCUGCCUCAGACUUGGGGCUAUGGAGUGGCUUGGGCGCUAUGACCUGCUCCAUUGCUGGCUCCUCUCUAGGGGGAGCUCUACUGGCCAGGCACUGGCAACCUCUCUCCCUGUUGAGGUCAGUGCUGCAGCUACGCCUUGGGAGUCUGGCCUGCCAGACGUCUCUGCUUUUCUACCUCAGUACCCCAGAGGCCAGUCUGGAGCCUGGUACAAUCAUGAGAGGGGCAGCUUUGCUGAGCCUGUGUCUACAGCAGUUUCUGGGCGGUGUGGUCACCACAGCCACAUUCACCGUGAUGAUGCACUGCAGCCAGUUGGCACCCAGAGCCCGGCAGGCCACACACUACAGCCUCCUGGCCACUCUGGAACUGUUGGGCAAGCUGCUGCCGGGUACCCUGGCUGGAGUGCUGGCUGAUGGCCUGGGCCCACACCUCUGCUUUGCUGCCUUCCUCGUACUCUCGGGUCUGCCCAUUCUGGAUCUCAGCCUGGCACCCAGUAACCUGACCUGAGCUGCCAUGUAUGGCCUGGAUGCCUGGAACACACGAGAUGUAGCUGUCCUCAAGCUGAGGACAUGGCUGCCAGAAAGGAGAUAAAAUUGCUUUUUAUUUUGCA